AACUCGCAGCCCCGCCGUCGCUCUCACCACCGGCACGGCAGACCGCUCGCCCCCCGCGCAUACGGCCACAGCACCGGUCGAUCGACAUGGAAGACCCUCCCGCGACGGCCGAUCCAGCAGCCGGCUCCCCCUCGUCCUCCACCACCACCACCUCCUCCUCCUCGCUGCGGAGGCGCGCCGCGCUCUCCGUCAACACGUCCGCGCCCGGCGGCAGGGGCAUGGAGCGGGAGCGCAAGGAGGCGGAGAGGGACGUGGAGCGGGCGGGGGCGGAGCCUGUGAGCCCGGCGGGGCGGCUGUUCCGGGAGGCGCACUUCAACUGCUACAUCGUGGCCCUGCUGGGCCUCGGCGCGCCGGUGGACGUGGCGGCGGCCCGCGCCGGGUUGGAGGCCACGCUCGUCCGCCACCCCCGCUUCUGCAGCGUCCAGGUGUCGGACGACGUGAAGAAGAACGCGAAGCCACGGUGGGUGCGGACCACGGUGAACCUGGACGACCACGUCAUCUUCCCGGACCUGGACCCGGCCGCCACGUCGGCCGACCCGGACCGUGCCCUCGAGGACUACGUGUCCUCCCUGUCCACGCGGCCAAUGGACCACUCCCGCCCGCUCUGGGAGUUCCACGUCAUCGACUUCCCGACCUCCGAGGCGGCCGGCGCCGUCGCCAUCCGCAUGCACCACUCGCUCGGCGACGGCGUCUCGCUCAUCUCACUCCUCACCGCCUGCACCCGCAGCGCCGCCGACCCGGCCAGGCUGCCCGCGCUGCCGUCGCCCCCGCCGCCGCGCCGCUCCGCCCCGCCGCUCUCGGCCGGCGCCCUCGCGCUCGCCGCGUGGACCUGGUCGCUCGUCGCGCUCGCGUGGAACACGCUGGUGGACGUGGCGCUCUUCAUGGCCACGUCGUGGUUCCUGCGCGACGCGCCCACGCCGUUCCUCGGGUCCCCCGGCGUCGAGUUCCGCCGCAAGCGCUUCCUCAACUGCACCCUCGACCUCGACGACGUCAAGCUCGUCAAGAACGCCAUGAAGUGUACUGUGAACGAUGUGCUUGUCGGAGUGACCUCUGCGGCGCUGUCGCGCUAUUAUUUCCGCAAGAUCGGCGAGACCAGCAGCGACAAGAGAAAGACGCGGAAGAACAUCCGCAUGCGAUCGGCGUUGCUCGUCAACAUCCGGAAAACACCCGGCCUGCAUACAUUGACGCAGAUGAUGGAUCCUAGUAAGGACAAUGCUGUCAAAUGGGGGAACCAGAUCGGUUACAUUGUGCUCCCGUUCCAUAUAGCGAUGCACGACGAUCCUCUCGAGUACAUCCGGCAGGGGAAGAAGACAGCGGACAGGAAGAAGAGAUCUUUGGAAGCGGUCUUCACAUAUUGGAGUGGAAAUCUAGUGGUGAAACUCCUCGGCAUUAAGGCAGCCGCGGCUCUCUGCUAUGGCAUGUUCACUAACACCACCAUGUCAUUCUCAAGCCUGGCCGGACCUACCGAGAAGGUGGAGUUCUAUGGUCAUCCGAUCGUCUACAUUGCCACAAGUGUCUACGGGCAUCCACAUGCUUUAACCGUGCAUUUUCAAAGUUACAUGAACAUCAUGAAGCUUGUCCUUGCGGUGGACGAUGAACAAUUCCCGGACUCUCAUCAACUAUUGGAUGACUUUGCUGAGUCCCUCAGGCUUGUUCGUCAGGCAGCUUCAGAAAGAUCGUAGAAUGAAUGAAACUUAGGUUUUAGCUAGAAGGUAGAACAUGACACAAAAUUUGCACCAAUGUACUAUAGUCAGCCACUUGCUGUAUAGCCUGGUUAGCGAGUGUACACAAUUCUACGAAUCACGAAGCUGGCAACGAUUGAUUUGUAAAGAUGCUGGUCGAAUAUAAAAAGUCCUUUCUGUUUCCGGACUGGA